ACCAAUCAGCAGCUGCUCUGGACUCCAGUCUAUUCUGUAGUACUGUGAAGCGAGGCAGUCUUGCAGGAUGCGGGCGGGGUGGGUGUAUAUGAACUAAUGUAGCCUGAUCAAACAUCACAUUAUUACUUGCAAAGAUAUUCAGGUCUAAUUAUCAUGGCUGCAACCUCCCAACUGUUCAGGAUCGCCCAUGGCAGACAAUUUGGUCGGAUUUUGAUACCCGCCAUUACAUGCCAAAACUCCUGCCAGUCUCCUGUAUCCUGCACCAGUGCAACUCGGCCAUACGGUUUUCAUCAUUCACGCGGCUACAGGGCUUCAGCCGUGUGGCACACCUACUACCUGACCCCACCCCAGGUUGACAGCAUCUUAAAGGCGAAUGAGUACAGCUUCAAAGUUCCUGAAUUUGAUGGCAAAAACCUCAGUUCAAUCAUGGGCUUUGACAGCAACCAGUUACCUGCAAACGCACCCAUCGAGGACCGGCGAAGUGCAGCGACGUGCCUGCAGACACGCGGCAUGCUGUUUGGCGUGUUUGAUGGCCACGCCGGCUGUGCCUGUGCACAGGCGCUCAGCGAACGGCUUUUUUACUACAUAGCUGUUUCGUUGCUACCUCAUGAGACGUUGGUGGAGCUGGAGAAUGCGGUGGAGAACGGUCGGCCUCUUCAUCCGAUCCUGCAGUGGCACAAGCAUCCCAACGAUUACUUCAGCAAUGAAGCCUCACGGCUUUACUUUUCCAGCUUGCGCACGUAUUGGCAGGAACUUCUGGAUCUGAGCGUUCCUGGAGAGCAACCUGACGUUGCCGAAGCACUCGUGAGCGCUUUUAAAAGGCUGGAUAAUGACAUAUCUCUAGAAGCGCAGGUUGGUGAUCCUAAUGCGUUCUUGCAUUACUGGGUACUUCGCGUGGCAUUCUCGGGAGCUACUGCAUGCGUUGCGCAUGUAGAUGGCAAUGAACUGCACGUGGCCAACACCGGAGAUGGGCGUGCAGUGCUGGGUGUACAAGAACCUGAUGGAUCCUUCUCGGCACUUACGCUCACCAAUGAUCACAAUGCGCAGAACGAGUCCGAAGUGCGUCGGGUGCGGGCCGAGCACCCGCGUUCCGAGGCAAAGACCGUGGUGAAGCAGGAUCGGCUGUUGGGGCUGCUCAUGCCCUUUCGCGCCUUUGGAGAUGUUAAAUUCAAGUGGAGCAUCGAGCUGCAGCGCCGCGUUCUCGAGUCAAGUCCAGACCAGCUCCACGAGAAUGAGCAUGCCAAAUUCAUUCCCCCCAACUACCACACGCCACCCUACCUUACAGCAGAACCAGAGAUCACUCGGCAUCGCCUCCGUCCGCAGGACCGUUUCCUGGUCCUAGGCUCAGAUGGGCUGUGGGAAACGCUACAUAGGCAGGAAGUGGUUCGGCUCGUGGGUGAGCAUCUCACUGGAGUACAUCAGCAGCUACCGGUCAACGUCGGGGGCUUUAAAGUGACCCUGGGCCAGAUGCAAGGAUUGUUGCAGGAGAGGAAAGCUCGCAUCUCCUCCACGUUUGUGGAUCAGAUUUCAGCUACGCAUCUGAUUCGGCAUGCCGUGGGCAGUAAUGAGUUUGGGAUGGCGGAUCACGAGAGGUUGUCAAAGAUGCUAAGCUUGCCGGAAGAACUCGCUCGCAUGUACAGAGAUGAUAUCACGAUCAUCAUAGUGCAGUUUAACCCACAUGUCAUUGGUGGACAGUAGGACUAAACAUACUUUUCAUUUCACAUGCACUCUGUUACAAUGCUAAUCUUGUGCACAAUCUUGUUGAUGCAUUAUCAGCAAUAUCAGCACAGCAAAACCAAUAUCAGUGGAAUGUAUUAAUCUGUAUGUAUUUAUGUUCAUUUUUAUUUUCACAUAUUCAAGGCAGCUGCCUUUGAAGGGGUAAUCUUGAAAUCGCAGUAUAAGUGGUGUUUGUUGCCACUGUUAUGCUGUACUGUAUGUGGCAGUUAGGCCAAAUGGAGAAAGAAGUGCUAAGCCUAAAACAGACCCAAAACAAUAUUUAAGACUGGAACCUGCACACUGUUCAAAUGUACCUAUAUAUUUUUAGCACAUUUUGCACUGUGGAGAGACUUAAAGGGAAGAAUGUAAGGUUAAAAAUUGCCAAAAUCUGCUUUUAUGUUGUAUCGUUUUAAUGAAACUGCUAAAUAAUACAAAGGUCAUUUUGGAAUGGUGAGAUAAAAUGAGUAUGAAAGAAUGAAGUUUUAUUAUAGUUCAUUUUUGGAUUUGUUGGUUUUGUGGUAACGGAGUUUAUGGAGAAGGUAAAAAGCAGCAGAAGUUUGGAUUUUGUUGCAGUUUUUAAUAUACACACACACAAAAUAUGUUUAAAUUAGUACUACGUUACAGUUAGUUCUUUUUCUUUAUCUUAAAAGUUUUUUGUGUAAAUCAUGCCUUUAGUAGAUGAUGUUUUUCAUAUCUUUGUUUAAUAAUCGUAGAAACAUGGUUACAUUCUGUAAAAAUUCUGUUAAAUGAGCUUUGAAGUAUAUUUUUGUCGUCUUCAAGUUAGUAGAUAUAAAGUCUUGCACAGUAAGGCAGAGCUUUCCAGAUUAUCCUUAAUUGUCAUUUUUAUUUGUAUUAUUAACAAUAACAAAAUAUUCUCUGUUACUUUCAUGUCAAUCUUACCUCGUCCAUUUUUUUAAAGUUUGUAAUGCUUCUGGCCAUUGCAUAAAUUUGAUUUCCAUUGAUUUGUGCAGAUUUGCUGGACCUUCAUGUAAGAGAAACAACAUGAGGUUCAGUAAAGGUUGAAGCGACAAAACGUACCAGAAAUGAAACGCACACAAACGCUUGUAUGCUGAAGGAAUUGUGAAUCUGAAGGAUUUGCAUUUUCUGGAUUGUGUUUCCAAAGUCAUUUAAUAGAUUUCAAUGUUGCACGUGUUACAUUUUUCGAGUCAUGCAUUACAUGAGAUUAGAAUUUCUCACUUCUUCCCUCCUUUGGUCAGUGUUGUUGGUCAGUUUAAAACCAUAACUCUGUGAUUGAACAUCUAGUCUGCUUUUUUGUUCUGUACUCUGCUCUUGCACAAGAACACGCAGCUGAUUACCACAUGAAAUGUUAAGUAUGAUAGUAGAGCAGCACACAGUGUUAUUGGGGUAAUACUGUCAUAAAAAGUAUGGACCGUGAGUUUGCAAAAGUGUACAUAUGGAAAGCUUUUUAUUAUAAGCAUAAUACUUGAAGUAAGUGUAUGCUGCAGCUUGUUAAGUUAAGUUUAACAGGCUUUACCAAUGUUUUGAAGCAUGUAACCAAUGCAUUUGAUUUAACGGUAUUACUAUAUGCUGGUGCAUGAACAUGACUUUUGUGAGCACACUUGCUU